CUCAAGCAGAAUGUCCACUGCCUCCUCUACGACUCAACCUGGUCAAGAUCCAGCCAGCCAGUUUGAGACAAGGUUACGCGAAUCUCAGGACUUUGAUCCAGUUUCAUUCCUUAACGACAAUCUUCCCGCCUUAAACUUGUCCUCACAACCCCAGACGCAGACGCAGUCGCAUACACAGACGCACCCUCAGAAAGGAGACCGAUCAACCCAUCUACAAAAUGCCUCUACCGGCACCUUGAACCUCCUAUCCACUCUCAACACCUCCAAUAUCCGUUCUACGUCAGAAUUGACCUCGUUGACUGACGACAUCAUUCGAAGUGGCAACCGUUUGGCGUACGAGGUGGAGGUUUUGAGGGGCGAUGUCAAUGGCCUGCACGAUCUGUUGACAGAAGCAUUACGCAAUGAUAUCGACUUAUUUGUCCGCCAGGUGUCCGCCGACCAAGAGCUAGAUCCUGAAGCCGAGACAAAGGAUGCCCACCAAGGCAUCCAGGCGAGCCAGGAGCCGGACUUUAUGAUCCAGUUACGGACGUUGGAAAAGGUCAGGGCACGUCUCGAAGCCGUUAUUGCCAUCUUUGGAGAAGCUAUGAAAUGGCCUGUAGUGCCCUCAGAAUUACCUGGCGGAUCCAAUCUCAUUUCGGUCUCGGCUCCAGAACUGGGAAUUCAAAGUACGGAAGAGGACGAUAAAGCGAGAGAAGCUCUGAGAAAUAUCAGGUCUGAGAUCACAGAGCUCCUCAAUUCCGGCCCCGACAGCCACGCUGGUCUAGAAGCUGCGACAAGACGUGUUGAAGAGUAUCGUCAGAUAGCACUCUUGUGGAAGGGCACAGGAGAAGAAAAAGUACGGACUAAGUUUGUGGACACCCUGACAAGGUUGGUCGAAGAUCGGAAGAGAACUCUACAAUCUCAGAAAGUCUCGAGAGACACCAAAGCGGACAACGCAGCGCGACCCAGUUCAGCAAUGGGCCGGAUCACUAAAGCAUCUAGCGAAGUCACAGGCGCUGCUGGGCUGUUCCGGAAUCUUCAACGCUUGAAAGAUGACCUCUACCUUGAGUAGCACACGAUUGACGUUGACUUUGAUGCCAUCAUAACGAGAUAUCCCAGACGAGUAAUGCAAUACACACCGCCGAUUAUGGCCGCAAACUGCACGUCAAAAA